ACCGCUCCGCUAUGUAGAGAACACACACUGCUCCACAUAGAUGAGAACCCGACUUACCGACCGACGCUGCGUCGAACAAACCAGAGAAUAUGGUCAGGAGCUCAACCGUCAGUGGCUUGAAUAACACACACCUAACCACCAGCGUAAGUAGUAGAUGCAUGGUGCACUGUGCACUUGCUCUACCUGUGCGUGACCUAUCUACACUCAACAGCGUCUGACAAAGUAAUGAAUGAAUAACAUCAGCGCAAAUGGAACACUUCUCAGUACGUGCUUGUAAUAUCAGAACAGAAAGUGUGACUGAAUGUAUUGUCAUUCAUGCUCUUAAGUCAAGGAAUGUUACUUUGUAGCUUAAUAUCCUUAUCGUUAUACAGUCUAUGCUAAUUCGUUGUAUUUCUCAAUCUGCUUAUAAAUUGAUAAAACUUAUUUGUUAAUUUCACUAUUAGUUAACGUCUUGUAAAGCAUUAUACUGUGCAUUAUCUGUUCAGAUAUGUAAUAUGUCAAUUCAAUAUUUUGGAUUUAUAAGUAGAUUUAUAUAUUAUUCCUAAUUAAUGUAUUUGAUUACUACAGUAGUGGAGAGUUCAAAAGGUAUUCACACUCAAACCAUGAUAAGAACUAACCCAAGGAGGCUGAGAUGCAAAAAUGAUUUAGGCCUACUUAAUUUAAUCAAUGCUCAAAAGAAUACAAAGGGUGACAGUGAAAUGUGUUAAAAAUAAAAUAACUUACGUUUCAGACAAGCAUGUAUUAAAUUAUGUUAUUUUUGUAUCUCAGCCUCCUUGGGUUAGUCCUUAUGGUUUGAGUGUGAAUACCUUUUGAACUUUCAGUAUAUACAGUAUUACAGUACAGUAUUGAUCAGAUUUAAUGGUUACAGUAUGAAAAUAAUUCAUUGAAAACUUUAUCAAGGUUAAAAGAUAAUGGAGAUAUACAGCUGUUAUUCUGUUUUUAUGGUUGAGAGACUGUGGGUGUUAUAUUGUCUGGAAUACACUCAGUGGCUAGUUUAUGAAGUACAGCCAUCUAGUACCAGGUCGGACCCCUCCUUGCCUCCAGAACAGCCUGAAUUCUUUGUGGCGUGGAAACGUUGCUUAAUUGGUAUCAAGGGAACUAACGUGGGCCAGGAAAACAUUCCCCACACCAUUACACCACCACCACCAGCCUGUACAGUUGACACCAGGCAGGUUGGGGCCAUGGACUCAUGCUGCUUAUGCCAAAUCCUGACUGCCAUCAGCAUGAUGCAACAGGAACCGGGAUUCGUCAAACCAGGCAAUGUUUUUCCACUCCUCAAUUGUCCAGUGUUGGCAAUCACGUGCCCAAUGGAACCGCUUCUUCUUGUUUUCAGCUGAUAGGAGUGGAACCCGGUGUGGUCGACUGCUGCAAUAGCCCAUCUGUGACAAGGACCGACAGGUUGUGCAUUCCAAGAUGUCGUUCUGCACACCACUGUUGUAAUACGCCGUUAUUUGCCUGUUUGUGGCUCGUCUGGUAACUUGCACUAUUCUUGUCAUUCUCCUUCAACCUGUCAUCAACGAGCUGUUUUCGCCCACAGGACUUUCGCUGACUGGACAUUUUUUGUUUGUCACCACUGAGUUUGGGAAACCCUUACAUAGAUUACCUCUCCUUUUCUGAGUCUCAGUCCUCCCCUGCUCCCCUUCUCUCCCCCACAGUGAGGAUGUUAAGAUGCCCAUCCAAGGCCUACUCCCUACCCUGGUCUGUCUCACCAUCUGGACCCUGUGGAGCCUGCUAAUACCUGCCCUCUGCCACCCUCACCACAGCCUCUGCAGACUGACCCAAAAGAUUGCUCUCUGUAGUGAUAGUGAGAUCUCAUCUGUGCCGAGGGACCUACCAGACAACAUAGAGGAACUCCACCUGACCCAUAACCACAUUCAGAUGUUACAAGAUGACUCCCUCUCCCGCUACAUCUCCCUUCGCACUCUAAGCUGUGCAGAAAACCGCUUGGAGACAGUGGGGUCAAAAUUCUUUCUCAACUCACCUCAUCUAGAGAGCCUCAAUCUAGCUGCCAAUCAACUUCACGUUGGAUACCAGGAAACUAGCAGGGCACUGCUCACCCUGUCUAGACUCAAAGUUCUGGAUCUGUCAGAAAACCAGCUUACAAACGACAUAGCUUCGGUCCUCCUCCAGAAUAUGACGUCCCUGGAAUACCUCAACCUUUCCAGGAACCUCCUGCUGAGGCUGGAUGAAAGCUCCUUCAGCGACCUCCACCAGCUCAGAGAGCUGGACCUGCAGAGGAACAUGCUGUUUGAGAUCGUUGAUGCCUUCAACCACCUGCACAAGCUGCAGAGACUAAACCUGGCCUUCAACCACCUGGCCUGCCUGAUGGACUUCGAAAUGACCCAGCUCGUGGUGCUCAACGCAAGUCACAACAACAUUGAGUGGUUCAUAGCCAACCAGGACCUCCAGGAAACUUUCCAUCUGGAGACCCUGGAUCUCACCAACAACAACCUCCUUUUCUUCCCCUUCCUGCCCAUCCAGAGCCACCUGAGGAACCUCCAUCUCUCCCAGAACAGGUUGAGCUUCUAUGAACACCUGGCAGACACCGCUGGCUACCCAAACUGGACCAACAGUGUCCAGUUCUUCAACCUGAGGGGCAACGUGACCAAUGUCACAGCCCAGCUGUGGGACGAGAGCCUGCACGGUGACAUCUCCUCUCUGGACCUGCUGGAUCUGAGUGGAAAUCAGGUGGGCUACUUCCCCCAAGGGUUUAUCAGCAAAAUGCCUAGCCUGGCCAGGCUCAGGGUGCAGACAAACUGUCUCGAGGUUUUAAAUCUAACACUGGAAAAACUUCCAGGGACGUUGUACGAGUUGGAUGUGAGCAACAAUAGAUUGACGGAGCUCCAUGCUGACCAAGGUAGUUUAAGUGAGUUAGGAAAACUGAGCUAUCUCAACCUGAGCCAGAAUGACCUGCAGAGUCUACCUCCUAGACUGUUCUCCUCUCUUACCAGCAUCAGCUCUGUGGAUAUCAGCUUUAACAGAGUUGGCAUAUGCUCCCUUGAGGAAGGGGGUGGGAACAGGGGUGGCUGUGUUGUUUGGAGAAACAUCAGCUCUCUGAGACAGCUCCACCUAUCAGGGUGUAACCUGGGGAGACUGCCACCGUUAGCGUUCACAGGGACACCUCUAACACACCUGGAGCUGUCUAACAACCCAGAACUCAACAUUGAGCCCAUAUCGAUAGUAGGCCUCAGCAGAACUUUACACCAUCUAGGAUUGGGAAACACAGGCCUGAGAGACUUUGACUUCUCUCCUUUCCACCACUUAAAGUCUUUGAACAUUUCCAGAAACUCUCUUACUCAGCUCCCUGCUUCACUGCAACACCUUGAGCUGAGGCUGCUGGACCUGAGGGACAACAAACUGAACACUGUCCCCUCAGAUCAGGCUAACACAUUAGCCUUGAAACUACAGACUGUUUUUCUUAAUGGAAACACUUUCAACUGCUGCCAGUUGGAUUGGUACAGGACGUUUGAGAGGGCGAAAACGGUCAAUAUCAUCGACCUCUCAGACAUUUCAUGUCAGGAUAUGACAAAAAAUACACACAAAGUGGUGUUUUUAAACCCUUUAAUAUGUGGUGGGAGUGAGGAGGAGUCUGUGUACUGGUACAUCCUGUUGUUUAUCGUACCUGUCCUCUGCCUGGUUGGGAUUUCUGUCAUCUUCUUGCUCACCUUCAGGCCCAGACUGCUUCCCAAGGCCAUUAAAAAUAAAUGCCGGAGGCCCACGUCAUACUGACAUUUCAGUCACCUUCCUUGUGUUGUGGAUGAAAGGUCAAAUGAUUAAGACAAUAUGGUACAUUCUGUCCAAGUGUGAUGUUUUGCACAUGGGUCGUUCCAUGUCAUUUCAGCAAGUCAUGACAUCCACCAUCUCAGAUUGUUCUGAAAUCGUUUCUGUAGUUAGAAACAGAUACGGGGGUGGCAGGUAGCCUAGUGGUUGGAGCGUUGGACUAGUAACCGAAAGGUUGCAAGAUCGAAUCCCCGAGCUGACAGGGUAAAAAUCUGUCGUUCUGCCCCUGAACAAGGCAGCUCCAACCACUAGGCUACCUGCCACUCCGUAUCUGUUUCUAUCUACAGAAACUGUUCCUAGGCCAUCAUUGAAAAUAAGAAUUUGUUCUUAACUGACUUGCCUAGUUAAAUAAGAUAAGUAUUCCGGAAACAUUAUUUUGUUGAAAUAUAAUUUGAUCUCUGAGAAAUUAAGCUAAUUGAUUGCACCCAAAUUGGCCACUUUAAUUCAUAGGAUUCAUUAUAAUAUUCAAUAAUUAUAGUACCAAAUUAUUUUCUAACAAUGAGUAUGACAUGAGAAAUCCUCACACCAAUCCCAACCCAGCAACGAGAGUAUCAGUAUCAGUAUAUAGUAUCAGUUCUCUAUGUUUGACGUGUAGUAUGGAGUUGCGGCUCUGAGUAUUGUUUCUUCAUCCUAUGUAAUGUAUUCUCAGUGAAUUUGGUUGUUCAGUGAAAUUAGUAAUUGAAGUUGUUAGGUUUUGUUAGGUUUGUAACCUUUCUCCUGAUAUUCCCAUAUCCAAUGCAAGUCAAUGGUACCUAUAGUAGCAUUUCUGCGCUUCAUAUCCAAAUCAUCUAUAAGUCACAUCAUUUAAAUUAUUAAAUACUUUAGGAUGAUUUGGAGAUGAAGCGUAAAAAUGAGUUCUGAUUAUGUAACCCCACUCUCCUCUACGUGUGGUGAUUUCUCAUAUUGAGGAAACAUAAAACAAACAUACCGUAUCCUGCUAAAACAAACCAGAUGUGAUACAUAACUGCGUGCUAUACAUUUUUCAGAAGCCAGUCAGGAUUUCCCAUAAAUUUGCUGGACCUUUUUGCAUUGUUAUAAUCUGAUGGCGCAAUGUGUAGUUGGUUCACACAAUCCCUGCUUCUAAGGGCCUAUUGUGUGCACAUGAUGUGUGUAUGUGUGUGCAGAAGUCUUGUGAUGCAAACUGUUGCUUAAAGUGGCAGAGGAAACAUGAAAUUUCCUGUUUUUCUGAGAUGUGCAGCAACUGCCCAGUUCUUUAUCUCAGAAAGGAGGGGUUGGCCUCGAGUCGCAUUUGUGAGGCACAGCUACAACAUUGGCCACAGGGACCACAUCCAGUAUUCCACCAAUAUGGGUUUGAAAGGUACAAUUUUUGUUGUAUUUUCUCACAACCCCUUACCUAAAAUGCAAUGGUAUUUUAUAUGGUAUUAGCAGUAGACACAUUCACAUCAUGAUACUAAACAGGGAGGCCCUUGGAUCAAUUUCCCAAAAAGGAACUCAGGCGAGGUCUCAAUUUACUGUUCAGAGUUAGAAUAGUAGAAUACACAAGAUGCCAUUUCUAAAUAUGUUUGUGCAUCAUCAGUUUUUCUCUUGUAAUGUCAGUCACUGAUAAUCAGUCAAUAAGCCCAUGUCAGCUAAAAUUGUUUAGAUUGCUAAAUUAGUUUAGAGGCCUGCUAUCUAAACUUGUUAUCAUGGUCGAAUUACUGGCCAGGGGGACCCCAAUGAUUGUGUCAGACUCACUCAGAAGGAGAUAUCAUAUAAAAAAUGGCAAACAUUUCUGUCUAAGGAAGGAGGGUUGCUGACUGGGCUAAAAGCAUCUUAUAUAAAAUGUAUUCAUUUUGGCUACUCCGUUUUUGGUUAAUAUGAUAUGACUAUAAGAUUGAAUUAAUAAUUUAUCAUUUAUAAUUAGGGUAUGUUCAUCCAAAUAUCAGUUUCAAAUCAGAAAUGUUUUCAAUUACCCCUAAUUUUUACAAUCGAAGACAGUAACCAGGUCUCCAUCCAACCAUUUCAUGUGGAUUAAUUACCUGACGCAUGAAAAAAGUAAAGUCCGGGCUGAUGGAAACAGGAGAUGCCGGUAAAAUUUUAUAAAUGUCGACAGACAAUUUGUUCGUUUGACAUGAUGGGAUCUUUUUGUGUCAGUGGUUGUAUUUGAUUAACAUUUUAGUAAAAGUAUGAAUUUCAGCAAACAAAGAAAGGCACACAAUUACAGAGAACUAAAUUACAUAUUUUAAAGUAUUGGCCUUGGGCGAACCGAUGUAGGCGGAUCUGAAUUCCACAAAGCCUGGUCUCUGCUCAAUUCCGUUGGUGGAGUUCAUCAGAAACUUCCUUCACCAUGGAGUUGAGUUUAGUCAGCUACCUUAGCUCUGGUAUGUAGAGUGUUGGUGUGUGUGUAUCAGUUCAGGACCCUCAGGGUUACCGGCAGGCAGGCAGUACUGGGUGCCGGUCAGGAUGGCUGUGUGGAGCUGUGGAGUGUAGAGCAACCGUGACGUGGAGUGAAGGCUUAACCAGAGCGUAACCAGAUUACCACUGUGGUUAUGCUGUGGCUGUAGGUCAUGGUGGUUGGAACCAUAGAGAUAGAUAGAGGACUCUAUUGCCCAAAAUCCCAUUUUAGCAUUGGCAGUGCCAUUAAAAACUUUCACAAUUUUGAAGUAGUCAACUGGGUGGUACUUCCUAUGGGUUAGAGAAGGAUCACAUAAUUCCAUCCAGGUCACCAGGAGGGAUCAGCCAAUGAAUUAUACUCGUGAGCAAACAUUCUAUAACUGCAGGUGGCAGUACAUUGCCAACUUUGGAGUUAUACCCAAAGUUAAGACACAGCUUAAUGUGAGCUCUCAUAUUUUUCAACAUGUUUUUACAAAAGGAUAGAUUUGGAGUUAGACAAACUUUAAUUUUUCGGCAGGUACAUAUGCAGGAUGCUACACUCCACAACAUGGCAUUCGCUCCAGAUCAAAACUCCAAACCUGCAACCUAAUUUUAACCAAAAUUUACCAGAGAGAUUACUGCUUUCAAGGUUUUUUUCCCCCCAAGCUAUACAGAGGGUGCUCUAGCCAACAAACAGCAGAGAACUGAGGACACCAUUCCGACCUGGAACUGAGACAGAUACAAAUUCAAUUAGCACUAAGGUGUGAAGUAAAAGGCCUUUGGUCCCAACAAGUGUCAGGAGUCUUUGAAGCGUCCUCUGAAGCCCCCUCCUGCUGUUCAAAGACCAGUCACUGACAUUUUAUACAAGAAAUCUGCCUCCAGAAAUAAAAGCUUCUCCCAAGUGGGUGUGACACCUACUCCCGUUGCCUGCUACACUGCUGCUUGGAUUCCACCUGGCGAUCUGGUCACCGUCUGCCCUGGCCUGUCUCCCCCUGUCUGGUAAAGGUACCUCCACCACACUCACCCCUCUCUCCCGAGCUUUCGCUCGCCUCCAGCACACAUGCACUGUUGGGGCGAGUGACUCUGAACUUACAAUGGCUAGUCCCAAGUCUUUAUAUAUAUAUCAUUUUUUUCUUGUGCAUUUUGCUAUUUUGCUAUCUGCCUCGACUCCUGCAUACUUUGAUGACUACAAACUUUCUUUACCCAACCGUGGGACAGACUAUGUUUGUUCCCACACUCGGGACUAUGACUCUCUAUUGGUUACACUGACUUUUGGCCUCCCAUCUUAUUCUAACCACCUCUUUGUCUUGUUGCCAUCUGAUGCACACUCAGAUGUCAUAAAUCAGCACUGCAGAGCUCUCCCUGUCCUGUGCUGUGCCUUGAUUGUAUUACUGCUGAUGAUAUCUGGAAAUGUGCGUGUACACCCUGGCCCAUCUACUGUUGCUCGCCACAAUUCUGACUUGUGCUCUUAUAUCGGUUUCACUGACUUCUGUUCUCAUAAAAGCUUGGGUUUUCUGCACGUUAACACUAGAAGCUUAUUACCAAAAACGGUUCAAUUAAAAGUGUGGGUUCACAGCUUGUCACGCCCUGGCCUUAGUAUUCUUUGUUUUCUUUAUGUUUUGUAGUUUGGUCAGGGUGUGACAUGGGGAAGGUAUGUGUUUUGUAAUGUCUAGGGGUGUUGUAUGUGUAUGGGGCAGAGUAGAGUAGUGUUGUCUAGUUAUGUCUAUGGCUGCCUAGAUUGGUUCUCAAUCAGAGACAGCUGUCAUUCAUUGUCUCUGAUUGGGAGCCAUAUUUAAGGCAGCCAUAGGCAGUAGGCUUUUGUGGGGUGUUGUCUAUGUUGAACGUUUGUUGCUUGUCUGUGCACUUACGUUAUUUAGCUUCACGGUCGGUUGUUGUUUUGUUAGUUUGUGUAUAGUGUUGGUUUCGUGUUUUUUCUCUCUUCCAAAAUAAAGAGAUGUAUUUUGCA